GCUGUGCGCAUCACAAAUCCCCAAAUGAUUGCCUUUCGGGUCUUUUUUCGCCUCGUGCCAUUGGCUGACCACUGGCCUGAUUUCCACUGAUCUGCAUGUGCGAGCAUGUGAGACAGUACUUAACACACACAAACUCUGGCUCUCACACUCACAUUCAGAGAGACACAAGAUGCAGCUGUUAUCCUACUGCGCUCUUUAGACCGCUGCUGGCCUGACUCUCUCAUCCUUCAUCAGCCGACGCUCUUCUGUCAGCAGAAGCAUGCAACGAUUGCUGGACAGCAGCUGGAUAAAGUUUGGACCUGCUGGAAGAGAUGACUGGGUGUCUGGGUCCCCAUCGCCGCCUACCGCAGAACAACGACCACAGGGUUACCACUGGAAUGAGCUGUCGAGCCAAAACGACGGGAAAUCGGAGCUUCUCCUGUACAUCAUCCUCCCGCUCGUCACGCUCCUCGUGUUCGGUGCCGUGUUCGUCCUCGUUUACCGGAGGUUCAGGCAGAACAAGCUCGGACUGGCCAACAUCAUCGCGCUGGACCUGCAGGACCCGGAGCGCAACGCCGAGAUCCUGUCGUCACUCACCGGGAACGCGGAGCGGCUGAACAGCACGAGCUCGGACAUGUCUGACGGGGUGUUCCUCAUGGUUUACCUCCCGCCGCCCUACGAGGACACGCUGACCAAGAUCACGCGAGCCGCGAGCCUCAGCAGCGGGAAAGACGUCGAGUCCAUCACGAUCGAAGACCUCGAGGCCAAACUGUGUCCAGAGCUCGUGUCCAGCGGGGAGUUCGUCUGAGAAGCAAAGAAGACGCUUACUAAAGAGACUCCGGGGCUAUGUCACAGAGCC